UGGAAUACAGAAAUAAUUCCUGUUAUUCUACAAGUGAAGGAGCCACUUUAACAUGACUGAUACAGACACAUCUGGAAUGAUAAAUGAAGAUACUGAGGAACACAGAGACCUAAUGGAGCUGGAAGAAACAUCAGGAUCAUCAAGGAAGCAAAAAACCGAAGCAAGCAAAUGUUUUACUUGCUCUCGUUGUGGAAAAGGAUUCGACAGCAAAGGACACCUCGCGGCGCACAUGAGAAUCCACAACAGAGAAAAGUCUGUCAUCUGUCCUCGAUGUGAAAAAUGCUUCCCAAACAAAGAAACACUUGCAAAUCACACUAAAGAGUGCCCUUAUAUAUGUUCUCAGUGUGGAAAGAGUUUCAUACACAAAGGAAAUUUUGAAGUGCACAUGAGAAUUCACACUGGAGAACACCCGUACACUUGUCCUCAGUGUGGAAAGAGUUAUAUACAGAAACGAAGUCUCACAGAGCACAUGAGAGUUCACACUGGAGAGCGUCCACACACAUGUCCUCAGUGUGGAAAGGGUUUCGUACAGAAAGGCAAUCUUAAGACCCACAUGAGAGUUCACACUGAACAAAACCCACACACGUGUGUUGAGUGUGGAAAGAGUUACAAGAGUGAAAUUCGUCUUACAGCCCACAUGAUAAUUCACACAGGACAAAGCCCAUACUCUUGUGUUCAGUGUGGAAAGAGUUUCGGACAGAAAGGCAAUCUGGAUUAUCACAUGAGAGUUCACACUGGAGAGCGGCCGUACACAUGUGUUCAGUGUGGAAAGAGUUACAUAAAGAAACAAAGUCUCACAGGGCACAUGAGAAUUCACACCGGAGAGCGUCCACACACAUGUCCUCAGUGUGGAAAGAGUUACAAGAGCAAAACUGGUCUUGCAGCCCACAUGAUAAUUCACACAGGACAAAGCCCAUACUCUUGUGUUCAGUGUGGAAAGGGUUUCGGACAGAAAUGCAAUCUGGAUUAUCACAUGACAGUUCACACCAGAGAGCGGCCGUACACAUGUGUUCAGUGUGGAAAGAGUUUCAGAGAGAAGAAAUCUCAUAAACUGCACAUGAGAAUUCACACCGGAGAGCGCCUGUACACUUGUCCUCAGUGUGGAAAGAAUUACACACAGAAAGGCAAUCUGGAUUAUCACAUGAGAGGUCACACUGGAGAGCGGCCAUACACAUGUGUUCAGUGUGGAAAGAGUUUCAUACAGAAAGGCAAUCUGGAUAAUCAUAUGAGAGUUCACACCGGAGAGCGCCCGUACACAUGUGUUCAGUGUGGAAAGGGUUUCACAACCAAGGGAAGCCUUAAAAUUCACAUGAGACUUCAUCCUGGAGAAAGCCCAGAUAGCAAGAGAGCAGAUGAAAACCAUUGAAACAAUUUUUUUAACAUUGAUGAUUUUUCAAUGUCAGUGGCAUUGAAAAAAUGUAACUUGCAUCUGUAAUUAAUGUUGAAUAAAUGUGGAAAUGUCAACUAUCCAGCAGUAUUGUGAUCAGUGUUUUCUUUAGUUGGGCUCUUGACUCUUUCAUUGUUUAUUAUCAUCAAUAAAAACACUUUUGCUGUGGUACAGAAAGAGGUGUUAAGUUGGAGUGGUUUACUUUAGUGUCAAACAUUUCUAUGCCUUAUUCCCUACAGCUGUGGCAGUA